UGCGCAGCAGAUUCGUUUACCUGAUUCGAUCGAGUCGAGUUUGAAAAUUAUCCUCUGUCUUGCGUCGGUUUAUAAAUUUAAUAGAGUUAAUUUUCAGGCCAACAUCUUAAACGCAUAAGACAGGAAAUGGCAGGGAUGUCAUCGAAAAGGUCGAAGAACCGCAGGGAUUCAUCACCUGAACUUAAAGUCCCACUUCGUCGCUGGGAAGAGGAGCAAGACGAUGAUUUAUGUGACCCUGAUAAAUUGCUUCUGUGCCCUUAUGACUCUAACCAUAAAAUCCGAGCAUGUCGCUUUCCCUACCAUCUCAUCAAGUGCAGGAAGAACAAUCCAAAGCUGGCCAGUCAACUCUGGACGUGCCCGUUUAAUGCUCGUCACCUCAUGCACAAACACGAGCUGUCCCAUCACAUGUCUACAUGUGUGGAUAGGUGCUCUGUUAAUACUGACUAUGGUAAGGAUUUUUAUGAUUUUGUGACAGACAAAAUGGUACACCGUUUAUGUUUUACACCAGUACAAUGUUUUUCAGUCGUAACUGAUGAGACCCAGCGCAAAUUUCAGGUUCCUGUUAGCACCUGGACUAUUCCUGUGUGUGAUGAAGACUGGGAUCAAGAGGAGGAAGAGGCAGGAACACCACUAACACCAUUUGUCUGGGGAAUUUCAACCUCACAACUCAGCCAAGACUGGGCUGAGCCAGCUAUGACCCCCAGUUUGACCCCUGGUAUCAGAGCACCAAGAGUUCUUCCCUGGAAGCUGGGUGUGUAAAGGCAGAGUUCUCUCUUGCAGUGUGCUACACUGAUUUGCAGCUCCUCAUUUAAUAUUACUGGUUUCAGGCAAGUUAAUAGCCUGCUGUUUAUCUGUGAAUGAAUAGCCUUUGAUAAAGCAUACUGAUUUGGUUAAUUACGAUUACGAUAAUUACGAUUUGGUUAAUUACAAGAAUUCCUAGGUUUAAUUCUUGACUUAGUAGUGACUGGGAGGAUUCAGGGAGGAUUUGUCAGAACAUCAGUCAAAGCUUUAGUAUUUGCAUAUUCAAUUAUUAUUAGUAAUUUUCAUUGUUAAAGUAUUAAUAAUAUUGCUUUUAGAUUUAAUUAAUGCCUCCUAUAACAUUGCUUCCGUCAAUGUGUUCGUGACUAAGUGGUUAUUGAUCUAGAUAUUGGUAUCCUACAACAAAUUACUUUAAUAUGACUAGGCCACAAAAUAAUAACUUACCAA